AUGCGUUAUAGAUACAGCUCCACUGAAGAAACUUCGAGCCCUCACCUUGUCGUCUGCUUGCCAGAGAUAGUCAGUCUGAUUCUUGGCCAUCUACAGCCUUCAGAGCUCAACAAGACCACAUACAGUGUUCUCUACCCUUCCUUGUUCGUAAAUAAGCUCUGGCACGACUGCGCUUCCAGGGUCCUGUGGCGCGAACUCACUUUUGAAGACAGUCCGACCGAAUAUGAUGCUUUUCUCAAGCUAACCUCUGUCUUGGCCAAUAAUCCGAUCCCCUUGUCUAUGUCCCUGUCGGCUGCACCGACAUUGAUAGUUGCCAAUCCGUCACAAUGCUUGGUAACAAAUAUUCCCGGGCAGAACCAGCAACAAGACCAACAGCUGAAUACCACCAAACCAGCUCUUUCCAGCCUCUUUAGAUCUAUGUCCGCAUCAGUGCCCAAAAAUACCCGGUUACUAAGAUCUGAAAGUAGAAUCCCCAAACUAAAGCAGCUUGAUACAACUACAAUAAAAUCAUCAUCUUCAGCAAUCGUCUUAUCAAAGGAAAGCCACAAUAUCAACCGAGCGCAUCUGGAGCUAUAUCGUCGCAGUAUCAGAUCUCUAACAUUGCGUAAGAUCAAGGAUAAGCAUAUCAAUGAACCUCUUCAACAAUGGAGUCAAAAUACCAGUCAGCUUAGACGACUUGAUUUUUAUAUCUGCGAUUAUGUUACCAAUGAUUCUCUUUAUCCUUUUAUUGCCCACAAACAUCUUACCCAUUUAUCCCUGGCUGGUUGUCACCGUAUAACCGAUAAAGCUAUUUCACAGGCUGCAAAGUAUUGUCCCCAAUUAGAACAUCUUGAUCUCCGGGCCUGUGGUCAGGUCUCGGAUAGCUCUAUUGCCGUAGUAGCCUGGUACUGUCGUGGUCUUAAACAUCUCAACGUCGGGCGUGUCAGAGACCGAGAAAAGAUCACAAUCAAGUCUAUCGGUGAAAUUGCCAAAUACACACAGGUGUCGGUUCUGGGACUGGCAGGCUGUGAUAUUGCCGACGACUGUAUGAUAAAGCUGGCUCACCAUCGUAAAGGUGGGCUCGAGCGUGUCUCUGUUAACAACUGUCAUAGAAUUACCAACAAAACUGUCCGUACAUAUGUACAAUAUUGCCCCAAUUUAUCUGUUUUUGAGAUGAAGGAGUGCCAUUGGGUUGACGACUGGGCUUCUGUAGCUGCCCUUGUCGAGCGCAAGGUGCUUUUGACUCUCUGUGAUCAACAAAACCGAGCCUGUACAGAUUGGGCCCGUAGAAGGGGCAAAGUGCUAGAUGUUAGAGCACCAGCAAAAUAA